CCAAACCCUCCCCAUAGCUAUCCCUCCCUGCAUUCUUCUCUUUCACUCCUCUCCAUCUUUUCCCUCCUAAUCGUCUUUCUCUUCUCUACUUUUCUUUCCAUCACGAUCUUACUUUUGCAAAGAGGAAUGUGCUCUUCCAAGUCCAACCUUCACCACAAAGCCAUUUCCAUUGCCCGAAUCAAUGGCCGCCCCGUCCUUCAGCAGGCUUGUAACCAGAUAAACUCGUUUCCCAACAGAAGGUGUCCGCCCAAGAAGGCUUCCCUGAAGUCUCCUCCUCCUGCUCCAGAACCAAAGUCGACGGUUUUGGUUUCCCCUCCCAUUUCGCCCAAGACUAGACCACUUAGAUCCCCGGUUCCGAAGCGAGGAAUUAAUGACCCAAAUGGGCUGAGUUCGAGUUCUGACAAGGUCUCGACGCCAAAGGGUUCCCUGCAUUCAGCAAAUCCUGGGAGGACCCUGAAGAAAUCGAUGAGCAGGGCUCUGUCAUUACCGACUAACUCUUCAGAGAUCAACUCCCUGAAAUGCAGCAUUCCUUUGGCUUCUGCCUUAGCUGAAGCUGCUGCUGGAAGCAUCGCUGCUGCAAGGAAGGAACAGGUGGCUAUGCAGCAAGAGCAGCGGAAGAUGAAGAUCGCCCACUAUGGAAGAGUCAAGUCCUUGAAAAGCGAGAGCAAAGUUGUUUCCCUCGAUCAUUCUGCUUUAACUGCUGCUACUACUAGCCGGGAUGAUAAGCGGUGCAGUUUCAUCACAGCCAACUCAGAUCCGAUCUUGGUUGCUUACCAUGAUGAAGAAUGGGGUGUUCCUGUUCGUGACGAUAGGCUUCUCUUUGAGCUUCUUGUAUUGACAGGGGCUCAAGUCGGGUCCGACUGGUCCUCAGUCUUGAAGAAACGCCAACUUUUCCGGGACGUAUUCUCGGGAUUUGAUGCAGAUGCAGUUGCCAAAUUUACCGAAAAGAAGAUAAUAUGGCUGAGCACAGCGUAUGGCAUCGAAUCUGGCCUUAUUCGAGCAGCAGUCGACAGCUCUAGAUGUAUUCUUGAGGUGACAAAGGAAUUCGGGACGUUUUCGGAGUACUUGUGGGGGUUUGUGAAUAAGAAGCCAAUCGCGACCCAGUACAAGAGGUGCCAGAAGAUACCGGUGAAGACCUCAAAGGCGGAGAGCAUUAGCAAGGACCUGGUGAAGCGAGGAUUCCGGGCUGUCGGACCCAUUGUAAUCCACUCCUUCAUGCAGGCAGCAGGCCUCACAAACGACCACCUGAUCACUUGCCCCAGGCAUGCCCAGUGCUCUCUUUGGGCGUCGCCAGAAUUGAAGAAAGCACAUCAAGAAUUGAUUUAGGAGUAGAAGACGAAGAAGCUAUUAGGUAUUGAUUUACAUGACUUUGGUGUGCAUACUUAUAGGAUUGCGUUAAAUACUUAUACCUUAAAAUUGAUUGAUGGGUAUGACAUGAAAUAUAAUAUGAGCCAUCUUCAUAUUCAGGGAUCUGAUAUUGGGAGAACCACAGCAGAAGUCCUACAACUUUUACUUUUUUUGGAACUUCAAUCCUGUAAAUUUUAUUUUGCACAAAAAAUGUACUUUAAGUUUGCUCCGUGGCGCAUUUGAUCAUAUCCUUCACUGGUUAUCACGA